AUGUCACCUCCUGGGGGAAGACAUCCCUGACCUCCUUAACUCAAGCUUUUCACCAUUAUCUACAAAAACGUCUGCACCCUCCUGGGUCCCUCUUCCUGGCCAGAGUCCUUAUCACUGGAGGCAUUGUGGCUACUGCCGGCCAGUUCACCCUGUGGUACUUUGGGGUAUACUCCAUUGCAGCAGGAGUCCUCGUCUGCCUGCUGGAGUACCCCCGGGGGAAGAGGAAGAAAGGCUCCACCAUGGAGCGCUGUGGACAGAAGUAUAUGACGUCUGUGGUGAAGAUGUUUGGGCCCUUCACCAGAAAUUACUACUUCCGGGCCUUCCUGCACCUUGUGCUGUCCGUACCUGCAGGCUUCCUGCUUGCCACCAUUCUCGGGACUGCCUGCUUGGCCAUCGCGAGUGGUAUCUACCUGCUGGCCGCCAUUCGCGGCGAGAAGUGGAUCCCCAUUGAGCAGAAACCCAAGGAGCGACCGCAGGUCGGCGCGACCAUCAAGCAGCCUCCCAGCAACCCCCCGCCCCGGCCCCCGGCCGAAGCCCGCAAGAAGCCGAGCGAGGAGCAAGGGGAGGACGCGGCGAUUGGAGGCUCCCCGGGCGGCACCCAGACUAACCCCAUCCCCGUGACCGACGAGGUCGUGUGACUUCCCCGCGCGGCCACCAGGUGGCGCCCGCACCAUCUGGCAGUAAAUGGAAUAAAGGCAUGGCGGGCCUGGGCGUCUUCAUGGGGGCCCGGUGGGCGCGCACCUGGGAUUGUCCACCGAGGUCCUGCAGUGUCGCCCCCCCGCCUUUUCUUCCUUAGCAGAACCACA